ACCCUCUCUACACAAAUCUGUGUUAGGUCUGCAAAGUUCGGCUAGGGUUUUUGACUCAAAUACGUUUUGGUCUACGCGAGAAUUUGGCUUUUGGAUUUAAGGACUUGCGAACAUCAUCUCUAGAAUCAGUUUUUCAUAAGGAAUCUGAAAAUAUUAGCUCCAGAGUUACAUGACUAAAGCGAAAAAAGUUAUGACGUUUUUCCCGAAAACAAAAAAGUUUGGGGUUUUUGCAACAUUCUCCGUAAUCGGAGUUUUCUCCCUGAAGAUGCAGUUCAAUAGAAGUAAAAACGUGAGAUUCGUGAUCAGCUCGAUGAGAUGAAUCAGAAUAUGUAUGAUUAACUCAAAAAAGAAGUUUGCUUGAAGUUUGACUUACGGGCAAUUGGUAUUUUUUAAAAAACCUUUUAUACUUUUAUUUUUCGAAGGUCUGUUCCGAUUUGAAUGGCAUACCAGUGUAGUGAAGAGACUAAAAAGUUUUUUAACGAGAAAAGUUCAUCGUUAAUAUUUAUAACCGAAUCGUCAUUAGUUUUUGAAAAAAGACAAUUUCAUCAUUGAUCCAAAUUCGGAAGGUUUCAUCACAAGUCCAAAUUCUUAGUGCACUAUUUUAUGAUAUUAAAUGAUAUAUGAAAAUCAAUCAAGUGUAGCAACAUUAUCUACCGAACACAUACACGAUGUUUGUCAAAAACUAAUUACAAAAUUGUUCAAACGUGAGAGACUAUAUUCGGAUCAACAUCAAUUUAUUUCACAGAAUCAAUGUUUUGGUUAACAAAUAUUGUUUUUCAAUACAUUUUAUGGAGAAGUUUAGAAUGAGGUAUAUUUUAUUAAAACUUCACAUCUACAGUUCUCUUCAUAUUAGCCGUUAUUUGUUAAGUUAGAUAGAAAAGCGUAUUACUUAUUCUGGAUUUGUAUCGACUAUGUUUAAUUUUAGCUCUAUUAUGUUGGUAACCAAUGUGGGACACUGGUUUAGACGUACAAAAGGUGUCCGUCUUAUAUCGGGACUCACAUUGUCUGGACAGAUCUCGUGCAGUGGGUCUCUCUAUUUUAGACGAUUUAAAUUGUUUUUCACACAUGAAUGAAAUGAUUUAAUGUCAGAUGAUGAAACAAAAUUAAUAUUUAUUUCGUUGUUUAGUUUUAUCUCCUUAUCUGUGAAGUAUUUUCAAAAAUAACUUUUUAGACAAAGAAGUCUAUUUUUAUCAGACUUUUUUGUCAAAUAAAUUAGUCUGAUAUUUUUGAUAAUUAAUGCACUGUAGUGUGGUUAAAAUCGAUCGGCAAUAGAAAUCUAAUUUUUUUUUAUGUACGUCGAAUAUCACGUGACAAAGGUCGUUGUGCUUUCUCUAGUCAAAAGAAAAGAGAAGAUUUUUCCUAGUCAUGUCCUGUUUAACUCGGAUGUACUCAGUUUUAACUCAAUGUCUUUGCUUUUGUACUAUGAGUAUGUAUAGAAUAUAUAUAGAAUAUCAAAUAGCAAAUGAUGCAUGUUACUACUUAAGUACAGCCCUUCAUAACACAUUGCAUUUUAAAAAAUUUCCACAUUCUGUUAUGUUUAAUAUGGUGACUAUAUUUGAUAAUUUGCUUCUAAAACACUCAAUCGUCUCAUUUCAUAUGAUUGAAAGAUCCAUAAGAGCUAUGGUCUACAUUUUAAGUAGAAGGGGAUUGUGUUAAGACUUAAUAAUAGAAACGUGAUAAAGUUUUUCUUGGACUUUAGAUACAUUAUCGUUUGACGAUGCAUUUUAUGGUAUUGUAUCCACUCUAUUUUUGUGAUAUUCUAAGUACUUCCUAUUAUCUGAUGUUUGCCAUUCUGUGAUAAUAAUGUUUAGUGUUUAUGUUAAUGUAGUUAUUUUAAUAAUUAUAUCCUUUUUUAUACUAAGAGAAAUACCAGUCACUGCCCAUUAUCCAGAAUUUAUUGUUGUGAUCAGCAAUUAUCUCUAGUGGUUUUUGGAACUUUUCUAUGCGUCAUGUUACAGAUCACAAGUUCAAUAACUCAUAACAUUGAUGAAGCAGCAAAAUCCUACGCUCAAACCUAAUUAGCUGUUAUUAUUGAUAAUUCGUUAAGAGUUUUUGUUGAAUUACGUGACAAAAAUUUGUCCUUUGUCGACAGAUAAAAGAAAAGUAGAGUGAUGAAUAUAACACUUCUAGAACGGGACAAACGCCUAACUGUGUUUGUUACAAAUCUUAUUCUAAGACAACAUGUUCAUGUCGUUUCAACGGAUAGAGUAAAACACGACAGAUAUGCUCUGUAGUAGUACUACUGCUUUAUAUCCAAGAAAUUGUCCCUCAUGUUUGUUCUUCUCAACUCGACAACUGCUUGUAUCUGCGAGCUUCUCUUAUUUCAUCUAUGGUUUUCUUAUUUUGUUUUAUUUUUGUAGCAUUAAAAUUGUAUUUAUGAUGAUAUUUACUUGUUUAACUUAAUUUCUGGAAUAAUCAAACGAUAGAUAAAAAAAAAUUGUUUUAGUUUGCCUUUAUUAUUCUGACAAUUAUUUUAUAGUUUUUAAAUGUAUUAUGAUUAAUUAUCGUUCUCUAAAUUUAUAAAUAACAAAAAUUAAUUAAAAAUGUUUUCUAUCAAGUAAAUAAGAAUAAAAUUCAUCGUAAGUUCAAUUUUCUCGUCAUUAUAUGGAAUCAUUAAUUAGUAUCAAAUUUUGUUAUAUAUUAUAUUCUUAAAAUAGUACGAUAAUAUGCUGUUGGACGUUUUGUUACCAAAUGGAUGUGUGAUAGGUGUUGAAUGUGAAAGGUAAAAUUUUCUAUCUUAUUUUAAAAAUAAUCUUUAAUUUAUAUUGAAUACCAUUUAUUUAUUUUAGUGAUAUGACAUUAGAACAAAUAAAACAACAUACGUUAAUGUGUAUAAAACAUCAAACACCAUUUGUUGAAUUAUUACAUGAUAAAAAAAAUUAUUAUCAAGAAUCCAUAACUUGUGGUGCACAAAUAAUACCAUUAUAUGAAGAAGAAUUAAAACUAAAUGAACUUAAUUUAUUUUAUCCAUAUUUAACUCUCAAAGAGCAUGCAGCAUUUUUAGAUGAAAAAGAUGAUUUAGCAUUAAUGAGUCUUUUACUCGGUUAUCCAUUAAAUGAUUUUUCAAAUACAUUAGAACGAGAAGCAUGUGAAGCACGUUCAUUAUUAAAUCGUUUAGCCGAUAUGUUAGCACAAGAAACAAUAAAAGAACAAAAACGCACAGGUUUACCACAACAAAUAAGUUUUUAUACAGAAGAAGAAGAACAACGAACAAUGAUUGAAAAUCAAAAUCUUUUAAAACAAUUUAGUGUAACGUCAGAACUACGAAAUGUUUAUGUUCAAGUACAAGAACGAAAUACUACAGCACCAGUCUGUUUCAAUAUACAAGCAAAUGUUUUUAAUUCACCCACAGAUGUUGUUGCUAGUGUCAUACAAGCAAAACUAGCAUCAUCAAAUGUAAUGAUCUCUGAUGAAGAUCGUUUAAAAACAAUAAAUGAAUAUAAAACACGUUAUUGGUUACAAGCUUUUGGUAGUGAAGAACGAUUAUAUGGCAUAAAACCAUUAAUACAAUCGAAAUAUGUUCAAACAUGUUUACGUGCUAAUCAUCCAUUAUAUUUUAAACUGAUCAAUGUAGAAGUCACGAAUGCUCAAACGAAAAAACGUUGUAUGUCAUUAAUCCAUGACGCAAUAAGAAUUGAAGAAGAACGAAAAAAACCUCAAAAAUUUGGUGGACGAAAUAAUGAGACACGACCAGUUUGGCAAGAUAAAGAUGUUGCUCAACAACAAUUUCGAUUAUGUAUUAUGUCUGGACAAUUGAUUCCGGCUGGAGAAUUUGAUGAGGCCAAAAUAAUUAUUGGUCUGUAUCAUGGACAACAACCAUUAUAUCCAGGAUCAAUUAUUGAAAGUAAAAUAGUUGAUACUAAGUCACCAGAAUGGUGUCAAUGGAUCACAUUUGAUAUAACAUUACUCAAUUUACCACCAGCUAGUAAACUGUGUUUUUCUAUACAUUUUCAUCGAAGAAGAACGUCAUUAUUAAUAUCUGAUGAAUGGAUUUGUACGGGAUGGGCUAAUUUAAAUGUAUUUAAUCACAAUAGUUGUCUUAUACAAGGAAGACAAAAAGUUAGAUUUUGGCCAACAGAAUCAGAUACAGCUAAAAAUAUCUCACGAUAUGGAUUCAAUGAACGUGCAUUAGCUGGUAUAAAUCCUGAUCGAGCAUAUCCCACAAUCGAAAUUGAAUUUCCAACAUAUAAAUACCAAGUUUCAACUCUAUCACCUCGAAUUGGUUUGGCAUUACAAGCACAAACAAAACAUGAACAAAUGUUAAGAAAUUGUGCAUUUCAAGAUGAUUUAGAAGGCAAUAGUGAUUCACAAAAUGCUGAUUUCUACGAUUGGUUACGUUCAAAUGAUUUUGAAUUAACAGAACAAAGUAAAGAAGAACUAUGGGAAAGAAGAUAUGAAUGUACUCGUGUACCUGAAUCUCUACCAAGAUUAUUGAAAGCUGUAAAAUGGUACAGUUACAAUGAUGUUCUUGAAAUUUAUAAAUUAAUUGAAAAUUGGCCAAUGAAAAAUAUUGAUCCAUUAAUAAUGGCACUUGAACUAUUAGAUAUUGAUUAUCCCGAUCCAUUUGUUCGUUUUUCUGCUGUUCGUCUAUUAGAUACACGAAUUGAUGAUGAACGUCUUCUGCAAGUCAUUUUACAAUUAGUACAAGCAAUAAAGAAUGAGCCUUAUCAUGACAGUUGUUUGGCACGCUUUUUGUUGAAACGAUCUUUGUUUAAUCAACAAGUUGGUCAUUAUUUCUAUUGGCAUUCGAGAGCUGAAUUAAAGAGUAAACAUUUUAAAGUUCGUUUUGGUCUAUUAGUUGAAGCUUAUACACGUUACUGUGGUGAAUAUGCCGAAGAUCUAGGUAGACAAGUUCGUUCCGUAGAUAAAUUAGCGUAUAUAGCUGGAAUAAUACAAAAUACAAACGAUGAUCUGUCAAUGCAGAAAAGUUUUCUCAAUAAAUUAUUUAAUGAUGAAUCAUACCAGCAUAAUCUUGAGUAUUUUCGAUGUCCUGUUAAUUAUCAUGUUAUGCUUGGUCAAUUAAUGUUGGACAAUUGUCGAAUUAUGUCCUCUGCUCGUCGUCCAUUAUGGCUAAAAUGGACCAAUGGGUCUGAAUAUGCUGAACAUUAUUCACCAAGUUUUGAUUUAAUUUUUAAAUAUGGUGAUGAUUUGAGACAGGAUAUGUUAGCGUUACAAUUCAUUCAUAUGAUCGAUAUGAUUUGGAAAGCGAAUGGAUUAAAUUUAAAUCUUAUUCCUUAUGGAUGUUUGGCCACUGGUUUCUGUUCGGGUUUUAUUGAAGUAGUUAAAAAUGCUAAUACCGUAAUGAAUAUACAAAAACUUGGUGGACUAAAAACGCAAUUUCAAUUUGAUGCUAGUGCAUUAUAUCGUUGGAUUGACAAACAUAAUCAAGGAGAAACGCAAUUGAAAAGUGCAAUUGAACUAUUUACACGAUCAUGUGCAGGAUAUUGCGUGGCAACGUAUGUACUAGGAGUUGCUGAUAGACAUCCACUUUUCCACAUUGAUUUUGGUCAUAUACUCGGUCAUUUUAAAAUGAAAUAUGGUAUUAAACGUGAACGAACACAGCUUGUAUUAAUCGAAGAUUUUGUACGUGUUAUCACCGGUGGUACAGAUAAAAAUCCAACAGAAACAAAAGAAUUUCAAGAGUUUAAAAAAUUGUGUACAAAUGCGUAUCGUAUACUUCGUCGUCAUUAUCGUCAAAUAAUAUGUUUAUUUAAAUUAAUGAUGAAUUGUGAUAUACCAGAAUUGAAUAGUGAAUCUGACAUUGAAUAUUUGAGACAAACAUUUGCAAUUGAUAACUUAAAUGAAGAAGAAGCUUGUGAAAGAUUUCAACAAGUUUUAAUUGAUUCUUAUAAGUCAAGUUUGACGAGACGUGUUGAUUGGGCAUUUCAUGCCGUUAAACAUUGGUGA